CAACCCUCAAAACUCCAAACCAUGGUCAGCCCAAAGAAGCUCAUCAAAAUGGCAAGAAAAUGGAGGUUAUUAGCAGCAACAAGAAGACACAGUACUGCUCUUUCUUUAACAAGAACAGAGAGUGCUUCUUCAUCCAUAGCUUGUAAAGGCCACUUCAUAGCUUACUCAAGAGAUGGCUACCGUUUCAUGGUCCCUUUGGCAUUCCUCAGCAGUGAUAUCUUUAAGGAAUUGUUCAAGCUUGCAGAAGAGGAGUUUGGACUCCCAGGAAAAGGUCCUAUUGUUUUGCCUUGUGAUGCUAUUUCCAUGGGACAAGUCCUACAAGUUCUUAACAUGCAUGUCUCUAAGGAUGUGGAGAAGGCCUUCUUGAAUAACAUUAUUUUCACUGCUCGUUGUUCCACGUCUCCUUUUCUUUCUCAAGGGUGUACCCAAUUGCAUGCAGUUUUGCAUGGCUUUUGAUCAGGUUUAUUUUGUUGUUUUUAUAUUGUUUAAUUAUGUAUAUAUAGUUCACUGCUUCUCUAUAGAUGUCAUCUCUUGAGAAUGGUUUUCAUUCCGGUGUCUUGUGACUUGUGAGAGAGAAGUUCAAUUUUAAUUUUUUAAUGGAACUUUGAUUUUCUUU